GUUCUUCCUGCUAACAAGCGUCUAUCGAAGCAACUGGAAAUCGGGAUCUUCUCCUCGUCCCUUCCCAUUGGAAGAAAAUCUAAACCAGAUUUCAAGCUCAAGAUCAUGUCGCGAGAGAGGCCCAGACGACUCAACCUACCUCCAGCUCAAGAGAAUAUUGAGAAAUUAGAAAAAGUUAUAAAUGAGGGUAAUUUCUAUGGAGCUCAGCAGAUGUACAAGUCUAUCAGUGCACGCUAUGCAUCUGCUCAGAGAUAUCCUGAGGCCUUGGAUAUCCUUCAUUCGGGCGCAUGCCUUCAGUUGAAAAAUAACCAGAUCACCUGUGGGGCAGAGCUUGCAGUCUUGUUUGUGGAGACACUUGUUAAAGGGAAAACUCCUUAUGAUGACAAUUCCCUUGACUGCAUCAGGAAAAUCUAUAAGAUGUUUCCUCAGAUUCCAGUGCCACAUAACUUGGGGCCAGAUGAUGAUGAGCAAAAACUUGCUGAAGCACUUGGGGCAGCAAAAUUACGUGUGGAGGGUUGUUCAUCAUUCCUAAAGGCUGCUAUUAAGUGGUCUAUAGAGUUUGGAGCUAACAGGCAUGGUGCUCCUGAACUACAUGCUAUGCUGGCUGCUUACAUAUAUUCUGAAUCUCCUGAGUUGGACAUGGCUAGAGUGUCAUAUCAUUUUGUUAGAGGAGACAACCUAAAGAAGUUUGCAUCAACUUUGGUCAAUUUCAUGGGCAAGUGUUAUCCUGGUGAAGAUGAUUUGGCCAUUGCUCGGGCAGUUCUUAUGUAUCUAUCUAUGGGUAAUCUUGGAGAUGCUAAUGAUAUUAUGGAUGAAGUGAAGGAACAAAUGGAAGCCAAGAAUCUUGAGUUCCCUGAAUCUGAUUUGAUCCACUUUAUCUCCUUCCUAUUGCAAACGGUGGAAAGAGAUGCCUUGCCUCUUUUCAAUAUGUUGAGAAUUAAUUACAAGCCAAGCAUAGACAGGGAACCAACAUUUAAUGAGUAUCUAGAUGACAUUGCUGAGAAGUUCUUUGGAGUUCAACGCAGAAGUCCCUUCCAAGGGAUGUUCGGAGAAUUCUUCAGGAUGAUGUGAUGAAUGAUAAGAUUGCAGCAGUUUCAAUCUGUCCUUAAAGAUCCAAAAAUGUUGCCUGGUAUUGUUGGGACUUCCAGCUGGACAUGUUUAUUUUAUUUGAUUUUUUAUGAAGUAAUAUUUCCUUAAAAUAUUUCCGAAAUUUGUAGUUUUAAGAUU